AUGCCAGAAUCCUACUUUCCUUCUCAAUCCUCUUCACGGAACAAUGAACUCAUCACCAUUCUUAAUGUUGCCCUCCCUUUCCUCCGCUCUGAGCUUCACAUUGUCGAUCCCGCCCUCCCUAGCUUUGUUUCCCUCCUCUGUUCUGUCAGUGCAGGCGAAUGCUGGCACAAGGAUGGCUGCUUCCUCGGCCAUCUCAUCGAUGUCUACCGCAUCCUCAAGCUCUGGGGAUCCCCAGACCCUGUAGCCCGCUGCGGUCUCUUUCACUCUGUCUACUCUAAUUCAUAUGUUGAUCUUGCCAUUUUCGACCCUGUAGCAGGCGGACGUGAGCUCCUCCGCAGCAUCAUUGGGCCUCCUGCGGAACGCCUCGUCUACCUCUUCUGCGUCGUCCCUCGUCACUCCCUCAUCCAUGAUCACCUUCUGUUCCGCUAUGCUGAUGAUGAGCUCCUUGACCAUCUCUCUCACUCUGCACUUUCUAUAAACCUUGCGAAGGAAAAUUCUAUAUUUGCGCCCACAGAACCCUGGCGAGUGAAGCUGAAGUCGGUGCUUCCAGCCCAUGGUAUAACAGUGAAGCACAUCAAGAGUGGGGAUGAUGUGCAUCUGUCACGGAGAAUGGUGGCUACUUUUCUUCUGAUGACAAUGGCUGAUUUCAGUGACCAACAUUAUGGUUUCCAGGAUGAGCUCUUUGACAAUGGCAAUGGUCGAAUGGAAUUUGUUGGGAACACGUAUACAGCCCUGUGGCCUGGCGAUGGCAAGCCCGGGUUGUGGAUGAACUCGGUGUCGAGAAUGGCAGCGAUUUACUCCCUCAUUGUGAGAGAGGAAGAGAUAUUUAUUGAAGAGAGGAAGAGCAUGAACAUAUCUCAAUUCUCUUUGGAUACUGAUAGGGAUGAGGAUAUGGAGCUGGUGAUUCCCCCCGUGUUCGAAGGAUGCACGAAGGUGUUGGAUGUCGAGGCGCAGAAGGCGGCAAGGGAUUUGUACUGGGAGGUUAUGAGCCAGGCUAGAGAGAAGGGGGAGGGGGGGUUGAAGAGGGUUGAAGAACUUCUGUUGGAGUGCUGUAAGAAGAAUCCGUAUGUAGGAGAGCCUCACUUGGUGUUAGGGCAAGUUUAUAUUGGGGAAGAGAGGUUUGAGGAAGCUGAGAAAGAGGCAGAAGUUGGGGUCAGGCUUCUGUUAGAGUGGGGGAGCCCUUGGGAUAAGAGAAUGAGUUGGGAGGGGUGGGUGGCUUGGGGAAGGCUACUUUUGGGAAAGGCCAAGGAGAAGUCUUGGCCCAGGACUUCAUUUGGGAUCAUCAACCUUGGACUUGUGAGGUGAGAUGACUCUAAAAGAAAGACCAAGCUUGGAUUUAAAUAAACUAGUGAUGUUGUUGUUGUUGUUGUUGUUGUGUACAGUUGGAAGACACGCUUGUGUCUUGUGUGGGGUGAAUGAGUGGGAGAAACAGGAUUGGGCCCCAGGUUAUGUGCGGUUGAUCUGCUCUUUUAGCUGUAUUCAAGGUGUCCUCUACAUUGUUGUUUUGAGUUUCUUAGGUUUUCCUUCAUUUUGCUUCUAUAGAAUUUACUAUACUUUGUAUAUCUACUUUGUUAAGUACUUGAGUAAUGAUGCUCAUAGCAGGAGAAUGUAAUCUCUUAAGUGAUCUCAUACAUUGCGAAAUUGAGAAAUGAGGUAUGGAGAGA